UGAGACGAUAACCUUUGCGCGCCCGUGCCUGGGCAGAGCUGCGUGCAUUCAUUUGUGCGCCUGUUGACCCGACUGCUCAUCAACCCAAUGAGCGCAGUAGAGGGAGGCUCUCUCUUCACCACCACGCAUCUCUCCUCCAUCUCCUCCUCACUUUUCCAGUUGGCCAGCGAGCCUGUCGGAGCUCUCCUAACUACGAGCCCAACACUGUCACUCCAAGCUGCAGCUGCAGGACGGAUUUCCAGCCUCUUCGCUGUUUUCGCUCAUUUUUUUUUACCUCUUUUCUGUCCGCUUCGAAUGAAACACAAUGGAGUUUUUUUGCGUAUUUUGAAGGGGAGAAAAUCCGAUAAAAUAAUGCAGCAGCAGGAAAGGAUCCGAGUCUCACGAGUCUCCUCCUCGGAAUAAAGCCAAAUGGAUGCCGUGCUGAGAGCCUCACCCCCCCUCACCAAGUACUAUGGAGGCAUGCCAAGCCAUGCAAGUGACCUUUAUCACACCAUGAAUGCAAGCUCCGCCGUUCAAAGAGGACACAAGUAACCUUUUCUUGUUAUCUAAGAAGGAGCUGUUGAUCUGAAGAGAGGAGGGGAGGGGGGGGGAGGGGGAACAAGAGACAGAGGGAGAAGACGAAUCUCCUAAAACAAACAAACAAACAAGCAGAACACACAACGACAGGAUGCCAAAGCGGUCCGAAGAGAUGCUCUUGGAUCUGUGGAUGUCCUUGCUGCUGGUGUGGAUUACUUGUGUUCCCUCCGUCUCUAUGACUCCUAUCACAGGCCGGUCCAGAAGUACACAGACUGGUGGGUCCGCAGUGGUGGCGAGCGGUCUUGGCGAAGGACAAAGAUUACUGAGCCGCGCCAAGAGAGGAUGGGUUUGGAAUCAAAUGUUUGUGCUGGAGGAAUUUUCUGGACCAGAUCCAAUUCUAGUUGGCAGGCUUCACACGGACUUGGAUGUGGGCAACAGGAACAUCAAAUAUGUCCUUGCAGGCGAAGGGGCAGGCACCAUAUUCGCCAUCAACGAGUUAACAGGUGACAUCCAUGCCAUGAAGAGGCUGGACCGUGAGGAGAAAGCCGAGUACACGCUAACAGCCCAGGUCGUUAACGCUGACACAGACGAGCCUUUGGAGCCGCCGUCCGAGUUCAUCAUCAAAGUCCAGGACAUAAAUGACAAUCCGCCACAGUUCAUUGAAGGCCCAUAUCGUGCAUCCGUUCCCGAAAUGUCUGCUGUUGGUACUGCAGUUACCAGGGUAACAGCUACAGAUGCCGAUGAUCCAGUGUACGGGAAUAGUGCUAAACUUGUCUAUAGCAUAUUGGAUGGACAACCAUAUUUCUCUGUUGAUCCUAACUCUGCAACCAUAAAAAUUGCUCUCCAAGGGAUGGAUCGGGAGAUGAGAGAGGAGUACCUGGUGGUCAUUCAGGCUAAAGACAUGGGAGGUCAUAUGGGUGGCUUGUCUGGAACGACAACUGUGACCGUCACACUAACAGAUAUUAAUGACAAUCCACCAAAGUUCUCUAAAAGUUUGUAUGAGUUUGUGAUCCCUGAAGACCUACCAGUCGGGAGGAUGGGUGGCAAAGUGAAGGCCAAUGAUCGAGAUAUUGGUGAGAACGCCAAAUCGACAUACAGCGUUAUAGAGGGAGACGACCAAGGCACAUUUGAGAUUGUUACAGACACACAGACACAGGAGGGGAUUCUUAGGCUAAGAAAGCCUUUAGAUUUUGAGAGCAAGCGAGCUUACACCCUAAAGGUUGAAGCUGCCAACAUUUGCAAUGAGCCCUGCAGCGGCGGACCCUUCAAGGACACGGCUACCAUGAAGAUCGUGGUGGAAGACUCAGACGAGCCUCCUGUUUUUUCCAAACCCAUGUACUUACUGGAAGUGAAUGAAAACGCCCCCAUCAACACCGUCAUCGGGACAAUCACCGCCAGGGAUCCGGACGCAUCCGGGAGCCUUGUCAGGUACUUCAUCGAUCGGCACACAGAUCUGGAGAGGCAGUUUAACAUCAAUGUGGACGACGGGAAGAUCACACUGGCCAAACCGCUGGACCGGGAGACAGACAUGUGGCACAACAUCACAGUAACUGCCACAGAAGUCAGAAACCACAGUCAGAUAUCGAGGGCAAUUGUGGCCAUCAGAGUAAUGGACAUUAACGACAAUGCCCCAGAAUUUGCCACCGAAUACGAGGCCUUUCUGUGUGAAAAUGGAAAACCUGGACAGGUGAUCCAGACUGUCAGUGCCAUAGACAAAGACGACCCAAUUCAGGGCCACUACUUUGACUAUCGCCUAGUCCCAGAGAUGCUCAACAAUCCCAAUUUCACUAUCAAAAACAACCAAGACAAUUCAAUCAGCGUUCUAGCAAAGCAUGAUACCUUCCGACGACAGAAACAGGAGAUGUACUUCCUGCCAAUCAUCGUGACUGACAACGGGAAUCCACCGAUGAGCAGUACCAACACCUUGACCAUCAGAGUCUGUGGGUGCAGCAAAGAUGGGAUUGUCCAAUCCUGCAAUGUGGAAGCUUACGUCUUACCUAUUGGCUUAAGUAUGGGGGCCCUCAUUGCCAUACUAGCCUGCAUUAUCCUGCUGUUGGUAAUAGUAGUACUGUUUGUGACACUGAGGAGACACAAGAAUGAGCCGCUUAUUAUCAAAGAUGAUGAAGAUGUUCGGGAAAAUAUAAUUCGAUACGACGAUGAAGGAGGCGGUGAGGAGGACACGGAGGCCUUUGACAUUGCCACGCUGCAGAACCCCGAUGGCAUCAACGGCUACCUGCCACGCAAGGAUAUCAAGCCUGACUUGCAGUUUAUGCCACGGGCAGGUCAGCACUCGGGCCCAAAUGGAGUGGACGUGGACGAAUUCAUCAAUGUACGACUCCAUGAGGCAGACAAUGAUCCAACAGCGCCGCCUUAUGACUCCAUCCAGAUCUAUGGAUACGAGGGUCGGGGAUCCGUUGCCGGGUCUCUCAGCUCACUGGAGACAGCGUCAUCAGACUCAGACCAGAACUAUGACUAUCUCAGAGAGUGGGGCCCACGCUUCAGAAGACUUGGGGAGCUCUAUUCUGUGGGUGAGAGCGACCGUGAGACCUGACCUUUGGUUUUUUAGAUUUAAAGACCAUUGAGAUUUUUUUUCUGUCCAAAUUCUUGUGUAUUAAACGCUAGGGGGGUUGCUGGCUUUUAGAAACAGGUGUUUAAAAGAUUAAAAGAACUGUUAAUAACAAGGAGAGGCCCAUUUUUUUGUAUUCUUUUUAGAGUGAGGUAUAGCAGUUGUCAUCCACUAUGUCAAGCGCAUUGUAAUUGUUGAGCCAAACAAUGUCUUUAUUAGGAGAUCUAUGAUUCUUGUGGAGUGUAACUUAGAUUCCGUUGUGGAGUGUCUAGCAGUAUUUUGGGUGUUAGUCAUUUGCUGUGACUGCCAGUAGCAGAAAAAUCCUGGCAUUUCUGGUAGUUGCCCAAUGAACGGGUGUUAUGGGGUUCUCUGAAGCUUGAACGGACACAAUACUCUAUGCUCCAUGGGCACCAAGCUGGACUACAGAAGCUGCAGAAGGACUCUUCAUUACUUGUCUCCCCAAGCCACCCAGCUGAACAGUGAAGGGGAACAAAAUGAAAAUGAAAAAAGCAAUAUAUGGUCUACAUUACCUUGAUGAAUGUAUGUAUGGUUUUAGGGGGGGAACGGAAAAAAUAAUAAGCAAAAAGACAAACCAGUACUGGCUUCAAGGUGAGUUUGUCAUAAUUUGAUAUGUUCUCUGGUGGCCACAUUUAUAAACUAUCUAAAGCCCAGAGAGGCUUGCUUUAUACAACUCUUUGUAUUUACAUGCUACAGGUGUGGGUCGCAAGUGUUACUAGCCUAUAAAAGACUGAUGUAAAGACAAAAAAGAGAAAUGUAGAAACUCUGAGGCCUUCUUUUUACAGAAGCAACAUUAAAUACAAUUGUAAUCUACUGUUUUUUGACAAGAAAUGUGUUGAUGCUUCAUUAUUGUUUGAUCAGUUUUUGUAUAUCUGUUCUUAAGUAAUUUUUUCUGUGCUAUUUGAAGUGAGCGUGCUUAGAUUAUUUCACAUUCAGAUUUUUUCACUUCAACACUAUUUCAUAACAGCCUAAUCCUAUCAUUAAUUCAUUGCAGUUGAUGAUAAAGACUACAUGUAAACCGGUAAACGGGAGCUCCAAGUUAUACAUUAAAGAUGAACUAAUAAAUUAGGACUGUGGGAUUUUUAUACACAUGCUAAUUCUGUGUAAAAUAUAACUCGUACUAUAGAUAUCUGAGGUGCAGCCAGUGAUCUUCUGAGCACAACAGUCCAACUGAUACCCAAGUAUGUGACUCCCUUCAAACACGCAGCCCCAUUUAGGAACCACAGAUUGCAUUAGCCCAAGACAAAUGAGAACACAAAUUGAGACCAUGUGCAUAUUGUGCUUACUCUGUAUGAUACCAAUAAAAAGAUUUGUACUGUACAUAGAGUUACUGCUAACGUCAUUAGCUUUCAAUGAGGUGGUAGGUUUUGUCUCUGCACGUUAGCUCUUGCACAUAAUGACAAUUUCAAUGGCACUACAGCUGCGUGCAUACUCAGUUUGUACUGAAACAGUAUUAUGGCAGUUCUCAGUAGACUAAACAAUAUAUAUGGAAUAGUCCUACAUGCAGAUCAUAUUUUCUACUGUGCUUUAAUGCUUAUAAAUGUGUAUGUUCAAUUAUUUACUCCCUGUACUGUAACCUAAGAUACCCUGUAUUGUUUCCUACUUUGUGAAAUAUAUUUUUAUAAAUAUUG